AUGGCUCGAAUGAUCUCGAAGCCCCACAACAAUUUCUUCAAUUGCUCAUUUGGCGCGAGCACUUCAACAUUUAGGACUUAUGCCAAGCACCAUCAUUCGAAGAGCUUUCUCUCUGAGCGAAGAUUCAAGCACAGAGUCUAUUGCUGUGUAAAGGAGACGGAAAGAGAGGACGCUGCCCAAGCAAAGAGAAUUUUGAGUGGGCUCGAAGUGAAUGGUCAGUUGGAGGAAGAGGAGAGUGUGGGAGAGGAAGUGGGCCUCUAUCGGGAUUGGCCGCCAUGGAAAGAUCUUCCCCAGAGAUAUAAGCUCAUCGGGACUACGUCCUUGGCCUUCGUCAUUUGCAACAUGGACAAGGUGAAUUUGAGUAUCGCUAUAAUUCCAAUGUCGCAUCAAUUCGGAUGGAAUGCUUCUGUGGCUGGAUUGGUGCAAUCUUCAUUCUUCUGGGGUUAUGCUCUUAGUCAGUUGCCUGGUGGAUGGCUUGCAAAACUGUUUGGCGGGAGUAAAGUUCUUGAGGUGGGUGUCCUUGCCUGGUCGCUGGCCACAGCCUUGGUUCCUAUAGUUGCUGGUUUUAUGCCUGGACUUAUAUUCUCUAGGAUUUUGGUUGGAAUUGGAGAAGGCGUUUCACCAUCUGCUGCCACUGAUAUGAUUGCCAUGUCAAUACCAAUAGAAGAGCGCUCUCGAGCAGUAGCUUUUGUUUUCGGUGGUUUGAGCGUUGGUAGCGUUCUGGGGUUAUCAGUAUUUCAGUUUGUUAAAGAAGAUCGGCGUCCAUUUAGAGAGGCUUAUCUAUCAUGGCCUCAAUCUGGCCCUAUGAACAAAUCAUGGAAAUCCUCCUUGGAAGAUUUGGGUGGCUCACUGAAGGAUAUACCUUGGAAGGAAUUUUUCAAAUCUAAAGCUGUGUGGGCAAUGAUAUAUACUCACUUUUGUGGAAGUUGGGGUCAUUACACCUGCUUAUCCUGGCUUCCUACAUAUUUCAGUGAGGAGUUGGAUCUUGACUUCACUGAAGCUGCAUGGGUCUCAGUUCUUCCUCCAUUAGCUUCAAUCUUUGUCACGGGCUUCGCAUCCCAAUUUGCUGACAGCAUGAUUGCAAAGGGAGUUGAAACCACAGUGGUACGGAAAAUCUGCCAAACAAUUGCAUUCCUGUCUCCCGCGACUUGCAUGAUUCUUUCCUCUGUCGACUUAGGACUGAGUCCUUGGGAAGUUGUUUCAAUUCUUACAGGUGGCUUAGCUCUAUCUAGUUUUGCUUUAUCAGGCCUAUACUGCACCCAUCAAGACAUGUCACCUGAAUAUGCAAGUGUUCUUUUGGGCAUUACGAACACUGUUGGAGCAGUCCCUGGAAUCAUCGGUGUUGCUCUCACUGGUUAUCUUCUUGAUUCGACCCACUCAUGGGGGUUGUCAUUGUUUGCGCCAUCAAUCUUCUUCUACAUUACUGGUACGAUUGUAUGGUUGACUCUAGCUAGCAGUAAACCACAAACCUUCGAAAAGAGUGAUUGA